AUGCAAAACUUGUUCAUAGAGCGAUACUGGUUGUUCCUGAGUCUAUUGAGCUUAGCAUGUGCGAGACCUCAGUAUAUAGCGCCCUUGAAAGGUGUUCAAACAGGACCUUACCAUAUAUACAAUUGCGGCACCCGCACUCCAUCAGUCUCCGUUCUUAUCAACACCCUUAUUGACACACUCCAACCGGUCCUCGACGAUGUUUCCCGACCUUUUUCCAGCCCCGCGUAUACCACUUUCUUCAAGAAUAUUGCUUUCGCUCCGAUUGUGUACGACCUCCUCUCAAACAUCACGACAGGCGCGCCCACCUCUCCCGGACCCCACGCUCUAAAAGAUGCCCCCCCUGAACUCUUUGGAGCACCAAUCACCCCCCAAUUUGUAUGUGUCACAGCUUACGAACAACUUACCUGGUCGUUAGAACCUGGGGGGCAGGGAGGGAGACAGUUGGACGCAUAUACAGCUUGUCACCAAAGCCCAGUACAUGCAUUCGCUAUCGUUGGCACAAGGUUUCUCAAAAAUUACAUUGUACUGUGUCCCGCUUUCUGGACGUACGCCGCCAUUCCCUCGUCGUCAAAGUCUACUUGCUUACCUGUGGACCCGCAUUUCAAUCGCUUCAGAGAGGGUGGCGGGCGCCUAGUCCAAUUCCAGCUCUGGGUAAUAUUGCAUGAGCUAGCGCAUGCUUACAUCUAUGCCAGGAGCGGGCUUGUAACAGAUGUUUCGACUGCUAACAACUGCAUGUGGUUGGCUGCCAGCAGUGCUGUGAACAACGCGCAGAACUUUGUGUUUUAUGCUGCCAACAUUCGGUUAGGAUGCACAGAUUUUCCACGGGUGGCUAGGCCGUCGUUCGGUAGUGUUGAAUUAAUGGAGAUCGAUGCAAACACGACAUUGAGUGGUGGUUCGGAAUCCCAAAAUGUGUCUAUGUACGGAGGCCAGUCCAUUGGUAAUAACUUGACACGGACUAAUAUGGAUCUACCGAAUAUCGUCACCUAG